AUGGCGGGAUCUCUUGAAGUCAAAGAGCAAGUAAAAGGGAAUGGUGCUACAUGUCUCUCCUCUAGAAAGAGACAAGACGAGGAGAUAUGGAGCUACUACGAGCUAGAGAAAUGCCUUCAAUUUAUUAAAGAUCACAAAACCGUCACACUCCAGUUCCCUGAUGAUAUGCUCCAUGAAUCAGUUAGAGUAUCCUCCAUCCUUCAAAGAGAGAGCAAAAAAGACCUUUUCGUACUCGGGGACACUUCAUACGGGAGUUGCUGUGUUGAUGAGGUGGGGGCGGAACACAUUGGGUCUGACGGGAUCAUCCACUUUGGAACGUCUUGUUUGACUGAAACAAAGAGACUUCCUGUCCUUUAUGUGUUUGGUAAGGAGGAGGUCGACGAAGUGGAUCUGAAAGAAAAAUUUGAAGAAUUAUUUCCAAAUAAAUCAGAACACAUAAUAGUGCUGUAUGACGUCGUGUAUCAUCACAUUAUAAGUUAUUUCUCAAAUGAAGUUUCCUCAAUUUAUCCAAACGUUAUCUUCUCCAAGUUAUUAGUUCCUUCUUGUGAUGGUGUCAAAAGUGAAGGUGACAUUAGUGAUGGAGAGGAAUCCUUCAUUAAAAGGUUCGGGAGAUGUUUCAAUGUUACCAGACCCCUCAGCAAUUACAAGAUAUUCUACAUCGGCUCGGAGGGUCCCACGCUAACAAAUUUCAUGCUCACUUAUCGUGAUAAUCAGUUUUAUUCAUAUAACCCAAGCACUUGUACGAGUCGUGUAGAAUCACUAAAUGUUAAUCAAAUGUUAAGAAAACGUUAUUAUCUCAUUCAAAAAGCUAAAGAAGCUAACACAAUCGGAAUAUUAGUUGGAACACUUGGAGCAGUGAAUUACCUUUCGAUGAUUGAGAGACUGAAGGAAAUACUGAAAGCCGUUGGAAAGAAGUUUUACACUGUAGCUGUAGGUAAGCUUAAUCCGGCAAAACUUGCUAAUUUCAUGGAAGUUGAACUAUACGUGAUUGUUGCCUGUCCUCAUUGCAGUCUAUUAGACACACAAGAAUAUUACAGACCAAUUGUGACUCCAUUUGAAAUGGAAGUAGCAUGUUUAAAGUCUAGAACAUGGAGUGGUGACAUUGAACUCUCUUAUCAAGAAUUAUUACCAGGUGGUUCUUGUCAUACUGAUUCAAUGGAGUCUGAUUCCAGCCCAGACUUCUCAUUCCUAACUGGUAGACUGUUAUCAGGAGCAGCUAAUGAAGAAUCUGGUGACUGCAGUGAUGGCCAAAGCCUUAUUACAAGAGGUAGUAGAGAUAUACUGCUUCACUCUCAAGGCUCUGGAGGUCCAGCCUAUUUAAAGAAUAGAACCUGGCAGGGACUUGAGAGAAGACUAGGGGAGACUCCUGUGUCUUCAGCUGAGGAAGGAAGAAGUGGCCUACCCAUUAAUUACAGUCAUGAAGACUACCAUUAAUUAUAAAUACAAUUUAUGUUUGUGCAAUUACAUGCAACCCUACCUACUACACUGUA